AUGGGCGCUCCACCUUCAGCUGGCGAGGUAAAGAUCGUCGUAUUGCGUACGGUGGGCGGCGAGGUUGCUCCUGCUUCUGCUCUGGCUCCUAUGGUCGGUCCUUUAGGUCUGUCUUCUAGGAAGAUUGGUGAAGACAUCUGCAAGACCACUCAGGACUGGAAAGGACUUAACGUUACUGUCAAGCUCACCAUUGUUAACCGUCAAGCAACGGUUACUCUUAUCCCCAGUGCUUCUUCUCUGUUGGUCAAAGAGCUCAAAGAGCCUCCUCGUGACCGUAAAAAGGUGGAGAACAUCAAGCAUGAUGGCAAUCUAUCGCUUGACUAG